AUGGUUCUGAGGCUGCCGAUUCCUCGAUAUCACCUUCUUGAGAUUGAUGACCAGCAAUGGUUCCCAUCUUCAUUCCGUUAUUACAUCCAAAGUCUUCUGACAGACUUUUGGACAUUCCGGCUACCGUUCAUUCAACCUUCUCCUCCUGCUUCACUUGUGGCAAAGACUUUGCGUAGCAAACUCGGAGGCAACCUUUACAAUUACACAUACGUCGACUUCUGCGCCGGAGCUGGCGGUCCGACUCCAUACAUCGAGCAGGAAGUGAAUGGCCUUGUCAAUAGAAAGCGCGCGUCAGCAGACAAGGAAAGUAGCCCAUCGAAUGGGGCUGCUCUGACGAGCAACAUGCAAUAUCAAGGAGUCGACUUCAUCAUGACCGACCUACAUCCAUACAUUCAGGCCUGGCGCACCGCGAGCGAGGCGUCAGAAAGCAGCAGAUUAGCAUACGUACCUGUCUCCGUAGACGCAAGUCGAGCUUCAAAGGAGGUGCUACAGUUGGCUGAACCGCGAAGAUCUUCCCGCAGAGGUCAGGAUGCAAGCGCUCAAAAUGUCUUCAGGCUGUUCAGUCUAGCAUUUCAUCAUUUCGAUGAUGCAUUGGCUACCAAAAUUCUCCGAAACACCAUUAACACGAGCGAUGGAUUCGCGAUUUUUGAGUUACAAGGAAGAGAUGCCGGUAAUAUCUUGACUGUGCUUCUGCUAUGGCCAAUGCUCUUGCUAGGGAGCUGGUGGUGGUUCUGGGGGCAAUGGGACCAGCUAUUCUGGACAUACGUUAUCCCCGUUGUGCCUUUCGUCAUUGUAUACGACGGGCUAAUUAGCUGUCUGAGAACGCGGAGAGAGGAAGAAAUAUUCGCACUGCUGAAAAAGGCGAGUGAACACGUUGAUGGUGGAUUGGAAGGUUGGAACUUUGAAGCAGGCGAAGAGACACACACUUGGCCUAUAGGAACAAUGUCAUACUUUGUCGGCAUCAAGAAAUAA